ACGUGUCUUGUGCAUGGUCUUGUCUUGUCUAGUCUAUUAUUACAAAAACCCAAUUAAAUUAAGGUCCGUGAGUUACUCUGCAUAAUGGAACCCAUCAUAAAAGUUAACCAAGGAGAAACUAAAUGGGAUGUGCGUCAAAAAGUAUGGAACUACAUUGAGGUGAAAAACCUUGCCAAUUUUCCUCGGCCUGUGCACAACAGAAUUCCCAACUUCAAGGGUGCAGUGGAGGCAUGUAAUAAGGUAGCACAAUUAGAGUUCUUCAUCAAAAGUGCUGUGGUCAAGGUGGAUCCUGACAAACCAAUGGAGGGGGUUCGGUUAGCUGCUCUGCAGGCAAAAAAAUCAUUGCUUGUUCCAACUCCUCGUCUAAGAUUUGGGUUAUUUAACAGAAUAACUCCACCAAAAGAUGCAACUAAAGAAACACUGCGUGUUUGUUCUACUUCUCAGGGUAUCAAAGAGUUCAGUAUCCCUGUUGGUUUAGAUGAUAAAGUUCUGGUGGAUCUUGUUGUAGUUGGGUCUGUGGCUGUAUCUGAAAAAGGUUACAGAAUUGGGAAAGGUGAAGGCUUUGCCGACAUGGAAUAUGCUAUGAUGGCAUGCAUGGGAUCUGUGACUGAAUCCACUUGGGUCAUUACCGUUGUUCAUGAUUGCCAGGUGAUGGACAUUCCAGAGGAACUCAUUGAAAGACAUGACCUCACAGUUGACUUUAUUAUAACAGCAACAAGAGUCAUCAAGACUGAAUGUAAACAUCCCAAACCACAAGGCAUCAUUUGGUCUAUGUUACACAAAGAAGUACUGAAGAAAAUACCUAUUCUGAAGAAACUAAGAACACUGGAGCAGGAAGCUGGAAAAGAUGUUGCUUUGAAAUUAAUACAUGCUGGAGAGGAUAAAUAUAGGAAAUCCAAAAACCUACAAUGGCAACCUCAUGCUGAAGCUGACUUGGAAUGUAAAUGUUUAGCUUCGAAUUCUGACAGGUGUUCUGGAUUUGAACCCAAAUUUCCUAAAAGUCCUCCCACCACUGUAUACCUGAGUGACAUUCCUCCUGUAUUACGUGUGAGUGAGUUAAAGGGCAUGCUCAGAGAACAGGAGGUUGCUCCUUUGCAAAUCAGAUGGCAGGGGGCAAAGUGCAAAGCUAUCCUACUAUAUGCCGAUUUAACUGGAGCAGAACGAGCUACUGCCAUUCUUCAAAAACUCUUCAUAAAUGGCCACACCAUACAAGCCAAGUGUGUCAGUAGUCAGAAAAUGUAGUAUGUUUAAUACACCUUUCUGAAAUGUAGACCUUCCUAAUAAUAAAAUAGUUUAAAUUA